AUGAACCCACCGCAGGUCAAAGCCACCAUCAUCAGCGAACAACAGGCCAAGGCCCUGCUCAAGAACGAAAACACCAGAAAUGACAGCAGUGGUGAGAUCUUGAAUAACAACUGUGUGAUGGAGUACCACCAGACCACAGGCACUCUCAGUGCACACUUUAGAAACAUGUCUCUGAAGCGGAUCAGGCGUUCAGACCGUCGAGGGGCGGAGUCUGUUACAGAGGAGAAGUUUACCAUUUUUGACAGCAGUGGUGAGAUCUUGAAUAACAACUGUGUGAUGGAGUACCACCAGACCACAGGCACUCUCAGUGCACACUUUAGAAACAUGUCUCUGAAGCGGAUCAGGCGUUCAGACCGUCGAGGGGCGGAGUCUGUUACAGAGGAGAAGUUUACCAUUUUGUUUGAAUCACAGUUCAGUGUUGGGGGAAAUGAGCUGGUAUUUCAGGUUAAGACUCUCUCUUUGCCUGUGGUGGUAAUUGUCCAUGGAAGUCAAGACAACAAUGCCACGGCUACCGUUCUGUGGGAUAAUGCAUUUGCUGAACCGGGACGGGUGCCUUUUAUUGUGCCCGACAAGGUGUUGUGGCCGCAGUUGUGUGAGGCUCUGAAUAUGAAGUACAAGGCCGAGGUGCAAUCAAAUCGAGGUCUGUCUGAGGAGAAUCUCGUCUUUCUUGCUCAGAAAGCCUUCAGCAGCUCCAGCGUCAACCCGGAGGACUACCGCAACAUGACCAUGACCUGGUCGCAGUUUAACAGGGAGAGUUUACCAGGCAGGAACUUCACUUUUUGGCAGUGGUUUGAUGGUGUGAUGGAGCUUACUAAAAAACACCUGAAGCCUCACUGGAAUGAUGGGGCGAUUCUUGGCUUUGUGAAUAAACAGCAAGCUCAGGACAUGCUGAUGUCCAAACCCAACGGAACCUUCCUGUUGCGCUUCAGUGACUCGGAAAUUGGCGGCAUCACUAUAGCCUGGGUAGCAGAGAACCCUAACAAAGCAGGAGAAAGGAUGGUGUGGAACCUCAUGCCAUACACAACCAAAGACUUCUCUAUCCGCUCCUUGGCAGAUCGCAUCAGCGACCUGAAUCAUCUCCUGUUCCUCUAUCCUGACCGGCCCAAAGACGAGGUCUUCUCCAAAUACUACACCCCUCCGCUGUCUAAAGCUGUGGACGGAUACGUCAAACCACAGAUCAAACAAGUAGUGCCAGAGUUUACGACACCUAACCCAGACCCUGCAGCAAACCCCACCUACAUGGACCAUGCGGCAUCUCCAGCUGUCAAUCAACCACAUGCUUAUGGACUCUAUCCUCCCAUUGGAGACCCUAUGUUGGACGCUGAUGGCGAUUUCGAUCUGGACGACACCAUGGAUGUAGCGAGGCAUGUAGAGGAACUGCUCCGUCGACCAAUGGAGGGCCAGUGGAGCGGCCAGCAGUCAUGACCUCUUGACCUAUGACUUCUCUCCCUAAACAAUGUUUUU